AUGAUGGCAUGUCGGCGCAUGUUGGACAUCACGUUAUGCAUCGUGGCGUUUUUCGCCAACGCGGUGCUGAGCCAGGAAUCCAACGUGACCUGGACCGAUAUGUGGAUCUACGGUGAUGUCCCACAGACACGCCAACUUCACACCGCUGUAGUUACACCGGCCGGCCGGAUGUGGAUUUUUGGUGGUCGAUACGACGACGGUAGCUCUUACUACUUGUCGGACACGUGGUACAUCGACUUGGAGGUGAUCCUGCACUCCUGGACGGAAGUGUCGCCAGGCACCAGCCCUUCUGCCCGGGGUCGCCACCAAUCCGUCUUUGCACCAACCGGAAAGCUGUGGAUCCAUGGCGGUGAGGACAACUCCAACGGCGUGUUGUCCGACCUGUGGUACCUUCAGACCGAGGAUCUUUCAUCGCCAACAUGGACGGAGGUCUCUGCCGCCAACCCCCAAGCUCGCAAGGAUCACAGUGCCGUGCUUGCAGCUUCCGGGAAAAUGUUCAUUUGCUUUGGAGACGAUGGGCUCAGCAACUUGGUUGACCUGCACUACAUCGACUUAGAGGAACUUGCUCCGUGGUGGAUUGGUGUCACGCCUUGUUGUAACUCUCCUCCGACAGCUCGAAUCAGUCGCAGAGCCCAGCUGAGCGAUGCUGGGCGAAUGUGGGUUUUCGGUGGCUAUGGAGACAGCCGCUUUUGGAACGACACUUGGUGGAUCGACGUGGAGGAUGGCAGCCCCAACUGGAAUGAGGUUCCGGCCAUCGGGACCGUGCCCACCGCCAGGGCAGACGCCGCGACUGUCCUCACAUCGACUGGGCGGUUCUGGAUGUUUGGUGGUUCGACCUCCGGAAGCGAUCUCGAGAAUGACCUUUGGUACAUGGACGUGGAG